AUGUCUCAAGGACUCUCGCGCAAAGCUAUCGAGGCAGCAAUCCAGAAAUACGGACCUGUCAUCUACACUCACCCAGAAGAUCAAUAUCUCCCCUGUUCGGUCGAAUGGUUCCUCACUCACUGCACGCUCGUCGAAAGUAAAGCGCCAGGGUCCAAGACGGUUCAUCCCCUCGAGACACAGCUCCCGACCGGUCCCAAAGAAGGAACAAGAUGGUACCUUGAUAUCGAAGACAGCGUAAAGCCUGGCAAUAUGGAAAGUGCCAAGGCAUAUGUGAACGUAUUCUGGGAUGGGAAAUUGCCAUAUACUGAUUUACAGUUUUGGGUAUUCUCAGCCUACAAUGGUCAUGGGACAGCCAAGUUUGACAGCCUUGUCUUCAACAAAGUCGAAAGAACUGGCAAUGUGAACCUUGCACCGCUAGGCGAGCAUGUUGGAGACUGGGAAUAUGUGGGUAUACGCGUUGACAAUACGACCCAGGAACUGAUUGCGAUCAUUCUGUCUGAGCACGGGAAAAACAUCGUUUUCGACAAGGCUGCCAUCACCAAAUCAUUCACUUUUCAGGAUACUACCCAUCCGAUCAUCUAUUCCUCCUUAAACGGGCACGCGAACUUCCCAUCCAUAGGGCCAAAUUACACGGAACACCGCAAAGUCCUCGGGAUUCCAUUCGGCUUGGAAUUCAACCUCCUCAAUACUACUGCCGCUGGAGGGCCUUCCAUCAAUACCUCGCUCAAAUACCAACUUGUCAACGCACCAUAUCUGACCGAGGACAAAGUUGUGAGCCCUGCGUGGGUUGGCUAUCCUUAUCGAUGGGGUCCGGAAGGAACCGCGAUUAAUAUGGAUGCUAAGACUUUAGGGGAGAUUAUCAAGGUUGUUAUUGGCGAUAAAGAUGCGACAAAGCUGAUAGAUACACCUAUCGUCUUGUUGGCAAGUGAGCUACUACACAUUUUUGUCAAGGCUGAUGUUAACGGUGCCGGCGCACCGAUGGGACAAAGUCCCUGGAGAGGCUUGUACUGA